AUGGCCGAAUCAGAAAGAAAGCUAAAAUCCAUUGAAGCCGGAAUUGACCCUAGUCGGAGAAAUAAGAAAAACUUAUUUUCCAAAAGUCUUAUGAGUGAAGCUGCCGAAAAAUUUGAGCAGGAAGCCAUUACAAUGAAAUUCUACCUGAAACAAAUGAGUAUGGAAUUGCAAAAACGAAAAAAUAAUUUUGAGGCACCUAGUGAUGAUGAAUCAUCCACAGAGAGCGAGAGUAGUGACCAGGAAAAUGAAGAUAAAAAUCCGACGAUAAAGAGAAAAUCAUCAGAAAAAAUUGAAAUCGGUAUCCCAAAGACAAUAAAAAUACUUUCGGAUGAAGUCAUCGCCAAAACCGUAAAGCCUAAUGCAGAAAAUGGAUUAGAUGUGGCAAUCCAAGACGAAACUAAAAAAUUUAAAAUGAUUUCUAUUCCACGGAAUAAACUUAUUAUUUGCAAGCAAGAGAAACAAAAAUUGACAUAG